CUGAGUGGACCGCGUCGCGCCGGCCGGCCUGACAUGAACAAGACCCCCUGAGCGGCAGCAAGCAGUACCCGGACAGCAUGCGGCUCGGCAGCGCCCUCCGGGGCCGCGCCGCCCUGUGCGCCGCCCUCGUCGUCGUCGCCGUCCUGGGCGUGGCAGCAGCAGCCGUUGAGCUGGACGGCGACGACCUGGUGUUCGAGGACCGGCACCACCAGCAACACCUCGGCGUCGUGGCCGUGGACAGCGGCGGCGACCACAGGACGGAGCGGCACCAGCAGGGCCCCAGCCGGCCGUCGUCCGACCCGCCACCCGCCGGCCCGACGAGGCGGCGGAGGCACGUCCAGGACGGCGUCGAAGAGCACCACGUGGACGACGGCGGCGGCGGCUUUCUCGGCUUCAUAACGAAGCAGCUGCACAGAGUGCGACGGCAGUCGCUUUUCCCGGCUCUCGACUGGCUCACCGGUGGCAGCGGGAGCUCGACGCCGGAGCCCAUCACGUCCACGACGGUGUCCACCACGGCCGGCGAGGACGAGCCCAACGAGCUGAGCCUCGUGGAGCUGCGGGAGAAGCGCAGCACAGCGGCCGACGACGAGGAGGGCGAGGAGCUGGCCAACACGAUCGGGGACGCGGGCGACAGCACGGCCGAGCUGGUGCCGUCCACGGCCGCGGAGGGCGCGCACGGAGUAUCGCCGCCCCUGGAGAGCUCGACGCCCGGCCGCCGCACCGACACUCCCGUUGACGACGAGGACUACGGCACCUCGGGCUCGGACGGCGAGGGCUCCGCCGACGCUGGUCGGCCUGGACACAACACGACAUCACCACACGACCUGCAGCCUGGCAUCCCCCGAUUCUACCGCAUCACACUCGUCAUCGUGGAGCCGUGGCAUGAAGAGUACGCGGACCGUAAGUCGUCGCACUUCCGUGACAUGGCCAAGGCCCUAGAGGACGACAUCAACCGCCUGUACGAAGAGGUCCCCGGCAAACAGACUGUCAGCAUCAUCAGCAUUCAGCGAGCCGAGGACCACUUCGACAGCAAGGUGACCCUCGACCUGGGCACGGACAACUACGACCGCGAUCUCAUCCAAAACACGCUCCUCAAGCAGAUCGAGAAGUACCAGAAGAUCGGCAGCUUCAUGGCCAAGACGGACAGCUUCACCUUCAGGGACUUCGGAGCGCGCGGCGCCCCCGUGGAGUGCCACACCUCGGAGCUGGCCUGCCGCAGCGGCGAGUGCGUGCCGCUCAAGACGCGCUGCGACGGCAACCCGGACUGUGCCGACGGCUCCGACGAGCAGGGCUGCGCGAAACGCACCUCCCCGUCGACCUUCAACACCACCACCUCCUCGUGGGCGCCAAGCUCCACCGGCAGCGUGGACGCCGUGUCGGGCCUCGACGCCAAGGUGACCCGGGGCCCCGGCGGCCAGCCCUCGUGCCGCGCCGACGACCAGGUGCGCUGCGGCGACGGCUCCGUCUACAUCUGCGCCGACCAGAAGUGCGACGGCAAAUGGGACUGCCCGCAUGGCGACGACGAACUCGGCUGCCCCAGGAACGAGUGCGCGCAGGGCGAGUUCAUGUGCGACAUUACGCGGUGCAUCCCCAAGAGCAGCGUCUGCGACGACAAGACGGACUGCGUGGACGGCACGGACGAGCUGAGCUGCCCCGACGACACCGAAGAGCCCAUAUGUGAUGAUGACCAAUAUCAAUGUCGAGAUGGUCGUUGUAUUGAGGAUAUCCGACGCUGUAACAAAGCUAUUGACUGUGAACAUGGAGAUGACGAGGAAAACUGCCCUUGUGGGCCAACAGACUUUACCUGUGAAAAUGGAGGAUGUAUUGAAAGCCACAAAAGAUGUGAUGGGGUAAUGGAUUGUCUUCGAGAUGAUUCAGAUGAACGGAACUGUCCUUCCCAAUCUCAUCAAUGCAGAGAGGAUGAAAAAAGCUGCGCUGAUGGAACGUGUAUCCCCUCCCAUGCUUGGUGUAACAAAGCAUUUGACUGUCCAGACAAGUCUGAUGAAAGGAAUUGCCCAUGUAAACCAGGUGAUUUUAUCUGUAGAAGUGGUGGUGUCUGCAUUUCUGCAAAUCUAAGGUGUGAUGGAACGGUUCACUGCCAAGAUAAAAGCGAUGAGGAAUCAUGUCCAGAAAGUAAAAUUGGUUGUCUUAAAGAAGAAUUCCAAUGCCGUGACCAUUCUUGUAUUCUACUUCUUCAUCGCUGUGAUCGGAAAAUAGAUUGUGCCGAUGGCUCUGAUGAGGAUGACUGUGAUAAAUUCUGUGGAUCAGACCAGUUUAAGUGUUCUGACGGUAGAUGCCUCAGUUUAUCUCAGCGCUGCAAUGGAUUAUAUGAAUGCCCAGAGGGAGAAGAUGAAAGAAAUUGCCCAAAACAGUGUGCUUACCAUGAAUUCUUCUGCAAUAAUGGACAAUGUGUUGAUCAAGCAAAACGAUGCAAUGGUUACCCUGAUUGCUACGAUAGAAGUGAUGAAGAUGGUUGCGGUGAUAUUGUCGCUCCUUGUCCUGCAUCAGACUUUUCUUGCUCUGACGGAUAUUGUGUAUCCAUGGCCAAAAAGUGUGAUGGGGUACCUGACUGUGCUGAUGGUGAUGAUGAAAGAAACUGUUCUAUUAGCCAUGGGUCCGGCUCUGGUAUAACUGACCCGCCUCAAUGCCAACCCGAUCAAUUCCGUUGUGAAGACGGCGGCCAAUGCAUUCGGCAGAUAUAUCGAUGUGAUCGAAUCAGAGACUGCCUUGAUGGGAGUGAUGAGAAAUCUUGUGCAACGUGUGCUCCCAAUGAAAUUACAUGUACCAAUGGCCAGUGUCUAGAUGGCGAAAGAACCUGUGAUGGUACAAUUGAUUGUCCUGAUGGAUCUGAUGAGGAUGGCUGUGAUUUAGACUAUAAAGAGUCCGAUGACUAUUCAUCAGAGGAUUAUGAACCAUGUGGCCUUAAUGAGUUCCAAUGUUUUGAUUCAUCUUGUGUGGAUUCUUCCGCGUUUUGUGAUGGCAUAGAGGACUGUACUGAUGGGUCAGAUGAAUUUAAGUGUGAGCCAACUUGUGGUGGUAAUGAGUUUACAUGCAGCGAUCGAUCAUGCAUUGAUCUAAGGAGAAAAUGUGACAGAAUACCUGACUGCAGAGAUGGAUCAGACGAAAUUGGCUGUGAUUGCAGACCUGGAGAGUUCAGAUGUGGAUCAGGAGAAUGUAUCCCUAAUGUGUAUCAAUGUGAUGGCCGCCCACACUGCCAGGAUGGGAGUGAUGAGAACAGUUGUGUUGAUCAGUCUCCAUCAACUGCCGCUCCACCACGGAGCUGUCCUUAUGGACAAUUUUCUUGCCACUCCAAUGGACUAUGUAUUUCCCAGUCUGCUGUUUGUGAUGGACGUUCAGACUGCAUCGAUUCUUCUGAUGAAGCAAACUGUGAUUGGCGACCUUGCUUGCAAGGAGAGUUUCGUUGUGAAAAUGGUCCCUGCAUUCCUGAACAACAGAGGUGUGAUGGGAAACGUGACUGUCCCCAUGAUAUCAGUGAUGAAUUAGAUUGCUCAAGGAGACCUGGCAACCCUCCAUCCAGCCCUGCAGAUCUGAACCUGAAGACAUACCCAGAGGAUCAAAUCAUCAAAGAAAGACGUGAGGUUGUUUUCCAAUGCCGCGAUGAAGGUCCACUUCGUGCCCGAGUGAAAUGGUCUCGUGCCAAUAAUCUUCCUCUUCCUCCUGGAUCUCAAGACCGAAAUGGACGCCUGGAAAUGCCAAAUAUCCAGUUAGAGCAUUCUGGCAACUACAUCUGUGAAGCUGUGGGUUAUCCUGAAAACAUUCCUGGAUCAAGGCUCACGGUUUUAUUACGAGUAGAACAAUACAUCGUUCCAACAACACGUCCUCCCCAAGUUUGUGGUGCACAUGAAGCAACAUGCUCUAGUGGAGAGUGUAUUGCCAAAUCCCAAGUUUGUGAUGGUAACUAUGAUUGUUCAGAUCAAUCAGAUGAAAUGCGCUGCAAUCCUGAUGGUUGUGAACCAAAUGAGUUUCAAUGUGAUAACAAAAAGUGUGUGAUGAAAACAUGGCGUUGUGAUUCUGAUGAUGAUUGUGGAGAUGGAUCUGAUGAAAGGAACUGUGCCACUAACCCCCCAGAUUCAAAAUGUCGCUAUCAUGAAUUUGAGUGUCGAUCUGGUGACCAAUGUAUUCCCAAGUCUUUCCACUGUGAUGGAGAGGUAGACUGUCAAGAUGGAAGUGAUGAAUCAGGAUGCUUUGCUGUGCAGAUUGCAGAAGGUCCCAAGCGAAUGGAAGUUUUACAAGUAGGAGAGACAAUGAUUUUAACUUGCAGGGCAGUGGGAGUUCCUACACCUGUUGUAGUAUGGCGCUUGAACUGGGGUCACGUACCUGCAAAGUGCACCAGCACUAGUGAACGUGGCAUUGGAACUUUGACUUGUCCUAAUGUUCAGGAAUCUGAUCAAGGAGCUUACAGCUGUGAAGCUUUGAAUAUGCGUGGUAGGGAAUUUGCUGUUCCUGACACAAUCUUGGUUGUCACUUCUCCAAAUAAGACUGUCUGUGCCCCUGGCAGCUUUAAUAGUGAUGCAAGGCACCCUGGUGAAUGCAUAUCAUGUUUCUGCUUUGGGGUAGCUACGAGAUGCAAGAGUGCUAAUCUGUACACUUAUCAGCUUCCACCACCAAUUGAUAGCACUGAACUAUCAAGUGUGCGUGUGGACUUAUAUGCCAAAACUGUUGAAGUUUUGACUGGCCCAAUUUAUAACCUACCAUCUGUGAGAAAUCUGGGGCGAAACAGUUUACAGAUUUAUUCAUCAACUAUUGAACGUGAUGGAUUCCGCCUUGGGGAUAAUGUAUAUCCAUACUUUGCCCUACAUGAUAAUUUCCAUGGCAAUCAACUACGGACUUAUGGUGGAUAUCUCAAAUACUCAGUAAAAUAUGAAGGAAAUGGCCGCCCUGUUGACAUUCCAGAUGUUAUCCUCAGUGGCAAUGGAUAUAUUCUAGUGCACAAUGCUUCCGCAUCAUCAUCUCCUGGUCAAGAAAUUGAAAGAUCGAUUCGUUUCUUCCAUGGUGAAUGGUAUCGUAGGUUGUCUUCUACUCGAGGCUCUACCAGUGAUAGAGAUAUCCUUGCUUCUCGAGAAGAGAUAAUGAUGGCACUUGCAGAUGUGAAUGGCUUACUCAUUAAAACUCGUUACAUUGAUGGUCCUUUGUUGGACACUUCUUUGACAAACAUUCAAAUAGACUCUGCUGGUAUUCGAAAUGUUGGUCAGGGAAAGGCAUCUUUUGUUGAAGAAUGUCAAUGCCCUGCUGGUUAUUCCGGUCUUUCUUGUGAGGUGUGCUCUGCUGACCAUCAUCGACGUGAACAUGGUCCAUGGCUCGGUAUGUGCAUGCCUGAGGAGAGACCCUGUCCUCCAGGUUACUACAAGAACUCUUCAGGAAGUGGUCAGUGUGAACGUUGCCCAUGUCCUCACACCAACCCGUCUAAUCAGUUUGCACACACUUGUCAUCUAGAUACUGAUGGUCAAGUGACAUGUGAUUGUCCCCAAGGUUAUGAGGGUCGGCGCUGUCAAAAAUGUGCCAGCGGAUACCAGGGAAACCCUUUCAUCCCAGGAGACAUCUGUCGUCCAGGAUACUGUAAUGCAGCUGGUUCAUUAAGCUCAUCUCUUGAUCCUAGCACAGGAACCUGUGUUUGUAAGGCAAAUGUGACUGGUCCUUAUUGUGAUAAAUGUAAGGCAAGCACAUUCCACUUGGACACAAAAAAUCAGUUUGGUUGUGUGGAUUGUUUCUGCAUGGGUGUCUCUCGCCAGUGUAGUAGCUCCAACUGGUUCAGACAGCAGGUUGUUGCGCAGUUCACAAGGGACACCCAAGACUUCAAAAUUGUGGAGGCACUUAAGCAAGAUGAACCAAUUACAUCUGGUAUUCGCCUUAAUCCUAAUUCUAGGGAACUGAUAUACCAAGAUUUCUCAAGGAGAAGCUCCGAUGUGCAUAAUGUGCAUUAUUGGAAACUGCCUGCUCGCUUCCUUGGAAACAAAAUUACAUCAUAUGGUGGAGACCUAAAGUAUGUAAUUCGCUAUGUGCCCACUCCAGGAGGCCAAAGCUCUCGCAAUAGUGCACCAGAUGUGGAGCUUAUUAGUUCUAAUGCCAUUCGACUUCUUUACUUUGGUCAUGAGCAGCUGGAAGCAAAUAGACCUCAAAACAUUUCAGUUCCACUCUAUGAACAGUUUUGGCAACGUCAAGAUGGUCAAAAAGUUGACCGUGCUCAUAUGUUAAUGGCGUUGUCCACCUUAGAAGAUGUCUUAAUCAAGGCAACGUACACAACAAGUACUCUUGAAGCUGCAUUACUGUCUGUGUCUCUUGACAUCGCGGAAGAACGAAAUACUGGGCAAGAACGUGCUUUGUCAGUUGAACAGUGUGUAUGUCCACCUGGACACCAAGGUUUGUCAUGUGAAGAGUGUAGUACAGGAUACACACGAUCAGAUGGACUCUAUUUGGGCAUCUGUGUCCCAUGUAAUUGUAAUGGACACUCAUCAGAAUGUGACCCUGUUACUGGUGUUUGCCGCGAUUGUCGGGGUUCGACUACUGGUGACCAAUGUGAACAGUGCCUUCCUGGGUUUGAAGGAGAUGCAUAUCGAGGUGAUUGCCGUCCACGUCACGGGCCUGCGUGUUAUUGUGAUCCAAGAGGUAGUUUGAGUUCUGAAUGUAAUUCAGAUGGAAGCUGUACCUGUAAGACAAAUGUUGAAGGUCACAGUUGUGAUUAUUGUCGUCCUGGAACAUUUGACUUAUCCCCUAACAAUAGUGAAGGCUGCUUGAGUUGCUUCUGUAUGGGAGUAACUGACCAGUGCCAAUCGUCUACUCUUCAUCGAACUCAGAUUCCUAUGCAAGUUCUUGGCAACAACCAUGGUUUUAAUCUGACUGACAAUGACCGGUCACCUGUUGUUUUUUCUGGAUUUAAAGUUGACUGGGCCAAAAAUGAAAUUAGUUACGAAUUUGUUUCACCACCAAAGGAAACUUACUUCUGGUCUCUUCCUAACUCAUUUACAGGGAACAAGGUUGCUUCAUAUGGUGGAAACUUGGUGUUCACCCAAAAAUACAGUGCUGAGUAUGGUGCUCAACCAACACAUGAUACAGACGUUGUUCUCUUUGGUAAUGGUAUUUCUGUCUAUUGGUCCAAUCUCAAUAGAUCUGAACCAAACGUAACAAAGGUGGUGACAAUACCUUUGCAAGAGUCAGCUGGGUGGAAAAGAUUAGACAUUAAUGGUCCACGAUCUGCAUCAAGGCGUGAUCUACUAACUAUUUUGUCUUCUUUGGAAACCAUUCUUAUACGUUCAUCACACUCUGACCGAACAUAUGCGAUUUACCUGAGUGAUGUAUCCAUGGACACAGCAGUUUCCAUGCUAACCGGGGAAGGCAUUGUAACACAUAUAGAAUCAUGCCGCUGCCCCCCAGGAUAUGGAGGAUUGUCUUGUGAGUCAUGUGCUACCGGCUUCUAUCGAAACACAAGUGAUCUGUCUGCAAGUGUGUUGGGGUCAUGCAUUCAGUGUCCAUGCAAUGGUAAUGAAGAAAGCUGCUCCAUUGCCUCAGACUUCCGUGUUACCUGCUAUUGUAAACCAGGAUACAGUGGACGACAGUGUGACAACUCUGGUUCUCAAGAUGGCGUUCGUGUUGAACUCACUCCCCUCACUGUUAGGCAACAAGUAGGGGCACUGGUUCACUUCACAUGUACUUACUAUGGCAGUGAGCCCUUGGGCAUAGAGUUCGAAGAAAUCAGAAGAUUAAAACCAAAUUCUCACAUUGCGAACGUUAAAAGUGUUUCUGGAAAUAUCAGACACAUGGGUCCUGCACCUUUGUUUGACCUAUCAAGAAAACUCAAAAUGAGUGAUGAGCAAGCAUUUGAUGUUACAAUCACUGCAGAUCUUAGAGCUGUAAAAUGCGUCAUCAAAAAUUCAGAUGGGUUGGAUGUGGCAAUGGUGAUGUCUCAUAUUAUGACAAAAGAUUAUCCUGUAUCUCCCUCACCCGAGAUUUUUAAUCAACCCCCAUCAAUUCACAUUGCUAUAGCUGAGCCUACCAUUAAAAUUGUUGAAGUUGGGGGCACAGUGCGAUUCUCAUGUACAGCUCGACCACUCACAAACAAGGGCCCAGUGAGAAUUUAUUGGUCAAAAGAAGGUGGUAAUCUUGUACGUGAUAGAUCUACUGAUGAUGGUGAAGGAAGGCUUGUUAUCAUAAGCGCAGUUGUGUCUGAUUCUGGUACCUACAUUUGCACUGCCACUGAUGGUAGCUCUUAUGUCACAGAGAGAGCCACUCUCACUGUAGGAGGUUCUGAACCUUCUGCUCCAGAAGUUCAUAUAUCUCCACGGUAUCUUGAGGUUCAAGAAGGAGAGCCUGUUGCCUUCAAUUGUCAUACCACUGGAACUCCCUUGCCAUCUCUGCAAUGGACUGGUGGGCCAAACAACCCGCAGGCUUCUUUCAGAGAUGGAGUUUUCAGAAUACCAGCUGCUCAGCGUUCUGAUGAAGCUGAAUAUCACUGUAUAGCCACAAAUCCUCUUGGAACUAUUUCUGAAAGAACAAUUCUCUAUGUCCGUGAAGGAGUAUCUCGUCCUCCAUCGAUGAUCACCGAUCCCCACUCAAGAUUAUCAAUAUCUCCACCCGACUACUCUGGCCAAGCUGGAGAUACAGUUCGCUUGACAUGUGUUCCUGGAUACAAUGACUAUUACUCAAUUGACUGGUCAAAGGUAGGCAGCAAUGCCCUUCCAUCUACAGCUAACCAGCAGGAUCGGGUACUCACAAUAUUCGAUGCAAAUCCAGCAGACUCUGGCAUUUAUCUGUGUAGAGUGACAUCUAGGGCUACUGGUCUUGCUGAGGAAAUACAAGCAAGAGUAUCCAUUUCAUCAAACAGGGGCCCUCCUACUGCUCGUAUUGAGCCAGAGCGUCAAACAGUUUCGCAGGGUACCACAGCUGAGUUGCGAUGCUUAACAUCAGUUGAACCAUCAUCAAUCCGGUGGAGCAAAGCUGGUGAACCUGACAUGGGUAGCAAUGUCCAGGAACUAGGCAACAUCUUGAAAAUCAAUAAUGCUUUAGUUCGUAAUCGUGGAGUUUAUGUGUGCACAGUUCAAAAUGAUGGUGGCACUUCUCAGGCUUCAACUAUUCUCGAAGUAGAACGUCGAGAGCCCCCUGCAAUCGAAAUUUACCCAAGCCAACGGCAGACUGUAGUGGUGGGAGGAAGUGCACUUCUACAGUGCCGAAUCACUAGUGGUAUCCCAUCUCCAGCAAUUAUUUGGAGACGUUCUGAUAGUCUUGCUCUAUCACCAAAUGUCGAAGAACUUCAAAAUGGCGUUCUGAGAUUUAACCGUGUUACUACCGCUGAUGCUGGUGACUACACAUGUGAAGCUCAAAAUGAAGUUGGAACUACAAAUGCUACAGCUUCUUUGGAGAUUGAUUCAAUGCCCACCAUUACUAUUACACCAUCUUCUCCUAUAACAAUAAGCACUGGACAGCCAGUACGACUUGAGUGUAGAGCCCAUGGCGAGCCCAGUCCAACUGUUAUCUGGUCCCGCAACAGGCCGGGCUAUGCUUACUAUGAACCGACAAAUCUGACUGCUGAAUCAUCUCAAAUUGCUGUUUAUGAAAUUACUCGUGCUUCUAAGGCAGAUGAGGGCUCAUACAGUUGUACUGCUCGCAAUAAGGCUGGUUUAGCCGAAGAUAGAGUGCAAUUAAUUGUGGAAGAAAGCAAUGAUGUUCUUGACCGCUAUCCUGAAAGGGGAGAUAUAACUGGUGAAGAUCCAGGGAGCUAUGGUAACCGGGAACCUUUUGUGGUCAAUGUUCAUGGCAAUGCUGAACUUCGCUGUGAUUUCCGUCACAAUAGUAGCAAUACCUUUAUUAAAUGGAUGCGGUCUGGCGGUGAACUACCUGCUAGCCACACAUUGUCGCAAGGAUCAUUGCAUUUAUCUGAUGUUAAAAAAGAAGAUGCUGGUCUCUAUAUUUGUGAAGGAUAUGAGGACAACCGACUUCUUUUCCAAGCUCCAGCUAGAUUAGUUGUCAAUGGACCACCUCAAAUUCAAUUGCAUCCUCAACAUCAAGUGGUUCGUCCUGGAGAAAGUGCCAGAGUUCAAUGUCGUGUUAUUGAUACUGAGCGCCACACUAUAAUGUGGACUAUUCCUGGAAGAGAGAACCUUGGUAGCUCAGCACUCCCGAGCAAUGCCAAUGACCAUGAUGGAAUCCUUGAGUUCUCUCGUAUUGGGCCUCAAGACUCUGGACGUUACUUGUGCCGUGCAAGAAAUGAGUAUGGUGAAGCUGAUGCUGUUGCUGAAGUGCUAGUUCAGGAUCAACAACCAGCAUCCCUUGUUAGAGCGGUUGACCAUGAGCAAAUUGUGCAUGAAGGAUCCAAUGCCCGCUUGCUUUGCUCAAGCUCCCCAGGAACCCUGAUUACAUGGACUCAUGAGGGACGUGCUCUUCCUGAAAAUGCUGUACAAGAGGCUGGAACAUUGACAAUUUACCAGGUGAAACAGGCUGACGCUGGUCGUUAUGAGUGUCAAGCAAGUUCUGAUGCAGAUGUUGGAUCAGACUAUGUCAACUUGAGGGUUGAAGUGCCAGCGGAUUAUUGUGCGAUACAGUGCUACGUAAGGGGAAACCAACAAUGCAUUCCCUCAGACCGCCUUUGUAACGGCGUCGCUGACUGUGAGGACGGCAGUGAUGAGCUCGGUUGUCCUACAAAUCGAUCACCACGUGAAAUAGGCAUGAGUGGCUUUGGAGAAGCAGACAAAAUUGAACUUCAAAUCUAUCCUAACAAAGAUUUGAUUCGAAAUGGAGAUAAUGUUGAAAUACGAUGUGGUGUCCUUGGGGGCAGUGCUGUACCCGUUACUUGGACCAAGAUUGGCAGCCAGUUGGCAAACAAUGUUAGAGUGAUCAAUGAUACAUUGAGUAUCACUAGUGUACGGCCAUCAAAUGAAGGUACAUACCGCUGCAAUGCAAGAACAUCGGGGGGUAUGUUAUCUGAAGAUUACACUCUAAUUAUUGAAGCUACUCCUAUCAAUCUGAUAGAACCACCUCCAGUUGAAACUCAGACAGCUGCAUAUGGAAGGACUGUUGAGAUGGCUUGUAGAACUAAUUUAAAUCCUCCAGUGAAGUAUAUGUGGUCAAAGCAAGGUGGUGAACUUCCUCGUGACGCUAGAGGACAAAUGGAGUCAACAUUGACUAUUGUAGAUGUUAGAGCCCAAGAUGCUGGAUUUUAUACAUGCACUGCCCAGAAUGAAGAGAAGAAAAUGGAUAUAAGAACAGUCCUAGUUGUUACAGGAGUAGUACCAUAUUUUGCCCAAGCACCCAAUUCUUUUAUGGCUUUACCCACAUUAAUAGCAUAUAUGACAUUCAACAUAUCUAUUUCUUUCAAACCAGAAAGAUCUGAUGGGUUAAUAUUGUACAAUGGGCAACAAAGUGGUGGUUCUGGGGACUUUGUGUCUCUUGGAUUGAAUGGUGGCUUUGUUGAGUUUAGAUUUGAUGUUGGAUCAGGACCUGCGGUUAUAAGAAGUGCUCGUCCUGUUUCUCUUGGUCAUUGGCAUACUGUCAAGUUAAUCCGAAACCGCAGGGAUGGUGAAAUGUAUGUUGAUGAAGCAGGUCCACAUACAGGUAUUGCUCCGGGCAGGUUCCAAGGUCUAGACUUAUCAGAACCUCUGUAUCUGGGUGGAGUACCCGAUUUUAAAGCCAUUCAUCGCCUAACUGGUCAUUCUCAAGGAUUCGUCGGAUGUAUCAGUAGACUUGUUGUUGGCAAUGUUGAGCAUGAAUUAGUUCGUGAUGCCACAGAAAUUCUUGGAGUAACAACUUGUGAAACUUGUGCUGGAAACACAUGCAAACACAAAGGUGUUUGUCAAGAAGCCCCAACAUCUGUUGGUUACACAUGCAUGUGUCCUGCAGGGUUUAGUGGAGAUGAUUGCAGUAAGACAGGCCAAUCAUGUUACCCAGGUGCAUGUGGCGCGGGCCGUUGUGUGAAUCUUCCUCUUGGAGGAAUGCAGUGUUUGUGCCCCAUGGGUAAAAUAGGCAGGAACUGUGAGUAUGAUGUUGCCAUACAGGAUCCUGCAUUUUCAAAUGGAGCAUACAUUGCAUAUCCUACACCCAAAACUCCUAAAAAGCUGAAAAUGACUCUGAGAAUAAAUCCAGCUGAUGUUAAGGACGCAUUAGUUAUGUAUAGUGCCCAGAAUGAUGAUGGAUCAGGUGAUUUUGCUGCCCUUUCUAUCAGAGAUAGACAUUUUGAGUUCCGUUUUGAUGCUGGUACAGGAACAUCUGUUUUGAGGUCAAAGAGGGAACUUCAUAGAGGUGAAUGGUUUGUUGUGUCAUUAUCUCGGGAUACAGGAGUGGCCCGCCUAUCUGUCGAUGGAGAGCCUCCAGUAACACAACGUCUCCAUGGUUCUCCAAAGCCCCUUAACUUACAGACACCAUUGUACAUUGGUGGAUAUGAUACACAAAAGAUUAAACUAGCCCCUGGGAUGAAUGUUGAUCAGGGCUUUACCGGCUGUAUUUCUGCAGUUGAUGUUGCAAGUCUUUCUCUUGAAUUAAUUGGAUCAGUUGUGGAUUCUGCAAAUGUCGAAGACUGCAGUACUAAACAUGGAGUAAGAGGUGGGCGGGGUGGUGUUGCAGACCCAUGCCACUUUGCUCCAUGUCAAAAUGGAGCAGCUUGCAAUGCAAUUGGGGCUCUCCAGUACACUUGCAGUUGUCUUGAGGGAUUCAGUGGACACGAUUGUGAGGUAGAAUCAGACAUGUGCCUUAUCCUGCAUCCUUGCUUGAAUGGUGGCAAAUGUACUGGAUCUCUAAGUUCAUUUAAGUGCCAUUGCCCAAUUGGAUUUGGUGGAGCAACUUGCAAUGAAAGUGUAAUAUUUAGUUCUCAAGUCAGCUUUGGUGGAGAUGGAUGGCUUGAGCUGAACCGUGAUUUUUUGCCUCAUAAAUCUAACUCAGAAGAUGAAGUCAUAAGCAUUCGUUUCACUACAAAUGAUACCAACUCUUUAGUGCUUUGGCAUGGACAGUCUCCUGAUGAUGAUGGUCAAAAUCAAGACUACUUAUCCCUUUCUAUUAUCAAUGGGAAAUUAGAAUGGAGUUAUGAACUAGGUUCAGGACCAGCACACAUUCGCCUUGAUAGUGUUAAUGUUAAUGAUGGACUACCACAUACUGUUGUUCUAAGACGCCGCGCAGAAGAAGGCAGUAUAGAACUUGAUGGGCAGUAUUCUGCCCGAGGACACAGUAAUGGUAAUCUCACACAGUUGAACACAAAUGGAAAUAUUUAUAUAGGUGGAGUACCAAAUGCAGACCUUAUGACAGGCAACACUCAUUCAAAUGGAUUCUCAGGCUGCAUUCAUGCAGUGCAAAUCCAAAACUCCAAAGUAUUAAAUUUGUUUGAAGAAGCUUUGCAAGGCAGCAACAUUCUGAACUGUCCAAAGAGUGAUGUACCACCUCACAAUCGUUUUAAGUGGACCCCGUCUUCUCUUGUAUAUACUGAUUCUGCACAAAUAUUUGAUAUAGAACAAGACAUAAUGACAACGUCACAACCUUUACCUGUUAUUACUGACACUGUUACUGAUAUACAAGACAUUAGUCAUCGUAUCCAUGACCCGUAUGAAAGCAAUGAAAAACCUGUGGAUACAAUACAAAUAUUAAGUACAGAUAAAAGUUUUCAGGAAACUAGUAAUAUUAAUUCAAUUAAUAAGGACAAUAAUAUUUUAAAGAAUAACCAUGACCCUUUCUUGAGGUCUAGUGAUAAUUCUCAUCCUAUUUUUGACCCACCCUUCAAUGAUUUAGACACUGCUAAACGAAAAAAAACAACAAUGAAACCACCUACUCACAAGUCGUCUUGUCAGUCUCUUCAUUCCCUCUGUAUUUCAUCAAUAAUUAUAAUAAUACUUUUUAGUAUGAAAGCAAGCUCACCAUACUGGAGAUAAGAUUUGAAGGUCUGAUGAUGAUAAUGAGGACUAUGCUGAAACUCCUACACACUCCUACCACAAUUAGUAAUCCUCAUAACCAAAAAUACUGCAUUUUCUGCUGCAAACGUUUUUUCUUCAAUUCUGCAUUUUGGGAGUUUCCUCUUUUAAAUAAUAUAUUUGCCAACCAAGUUUAAAAAGACUUUCUCAAAAAUGAGAUAACUUUAUUCUUUUUUUAUGAUUGAAUGUAAAGUUUGGAUCUAAAUAGGUACUAAAUUUGUUAUACUAAUUGUAAGAAACUCUGAAAAUACUGAAUAUUUUAACUAUCUUAUUUAAGGAGAAUAAUGCUAGCAACUCAUUAAUUUGAAGAAGUAGGAAAGUUCUGCCUUGAGUCUUGUUGUAAAUACUGUACCAAUAUUCAGAUUAUAAUUUUCAUCUAAUGCUCGCAAAAAGUUAUAUAAUGCACAUAAAAAAAGAAAUUUGCAGCAUAUCUCAGUGAUAUUGUAUAGUGCUUUAUUGUGAAUGUUAGAUAAGUCAUAGGUUUUUCAGUUGACAACCAGUCUUAUUUAAGUCAUCUGUUACUUUUUGUAUAAUUUUACUUUCUCAUUUUAGUCAAUUUAUAUGUUUCUUAUCUGUUCAUUUUUAUCUAAUGUCCAAGCUUGACAGUGACAAUGAAAAUUUGUGUGUGUUUUGUCUAGGAACAUCUCUAGCUAGCACAUGCAGUUGCUCUCACAAAUGUGCCAUAGCUCAAACAAUCCUAAUUGCUUGCUGUAAAAUGCAUAUGGGUUAACCACUGCUUAUGAAUGAUAGCACUGCCAUAAUUUUAUUUUGAUUGUUUUGAGCCUUUUGGAUUUGAAACAUUAUGCUUUUAAAGGUGAUGUGAUUAGACAAUUUUAUCUACACUGUAAAAUUGUUUCAAAAUCAUGCAUUACCCAAGAUAAGAUAAUUCAUAGAGAAAUAAGCUGUUAAUUCAUGUAAUGCCAAAUUGUGUAAUUAUAUUUAUACGUCUUUUAACAUUUUUUCUUUGUAAAGCUAUGAGCGUUGGGUGGAGCCUGAUUAAAAUAAUUGUUACUAAUUGAAGCACAAAAAAAUAAUUGUUGAUCUGUCACCAAUUGUAAGUAUAUAUUAUUUGUAUUUUGAUGAAUACCCUGUUUUCUAUCUUUUUGUAUUAGAUGUAAGUUAUAAGAGUGUAUAUACUAGAAAUAAUAACUUUGGUUCACAAAUUUCUACCUCUUCAGUCUUACGGUAAUAAGAUGAGGCUGAAGAGAAUCGCCAGACUAUUUAUUUGUACAGAUAAUAUUGCUUUAAAUCUGUGUAUCAGGCCUCACUCAACCAGCAUUAGUGUAAGCUUUUGGCUUAAUCUCAUCAAACCCUUCAGGACAGCUGAUAUUUAGGGUAGCUUCCAACAAAAAGAACUCCCGAAUAACAAACAUUUCCAAGUAAGAAGAUUUGUUUCGAUAUCUUCAUUGUGCUAUCUGAGUUCUAAAAACUUUGUAUGAAUGUCAUAUAUUUUUAUUUCAAUACAAAUAUUUAUAAAUGUUAGUAUUAUGUUUGGUCUUUGACAAGGCACUCAAAUAACAUUUUAGCUCCAACCAGGGUGCAACGAAUUAAAAAUAUGAACUUGCUAUUUUGUAUUCCCAUUCCAUGGAAAUAAUGUUUUCUUCUAAAGGCAAUUUUAUCUCUGUAAGUAAUUUCUGAUAAAACCGAGAUGACCUUACAUAUCAAGUAAAAAGGAAAAAUCAUCGUUCAGAAUGGAUUUAAAUGAGGCCCUGUGAGUGAUAGUAUAGUGCACACAUGAUGCAUUAUUUUCUGCAUUAAGAAGUCUAAGGAAGGAACAUUUCUUGAUUUGGGUUGUAUUGGUCUUAAUUCCAGUAAUCUGCUCUGAAGCAAAUCUAAAGGUUUGAUUUUAGGCUAUACUGUCAAGAUAGUUGUUAUUGUAGUUGGCUGGGGGGGAAAACAUUGGUUUCCUCCUCACUACUACUUAUUUAUUUUAAGUCAGAAGUACCUUGCUACAUACAUACUGUUUUAGCUGACUGACAAUACUUAGAGAUACCUUUUAAGCAGAGCACAGUACUAUCAUUUCGGUUGUGCUUUUAUGUCUGUGUCUGAUUAAUAUAUCUGUUUAUCAAUCAAUGCUCCUUCAGCCAAAACAGUAUUUUAUAUCUAGUGUUCAAAUAUAAUUGUUAUAAAGUUGUUUCUUAAUAUUUGUAAGUUCUUAGUCCAUCUCUUCUUUUUGGUUUAUUAAUUUGCUUACUACAACUCCUAUAGGUAGCAUAUUGACAAUACUGUGAUGGCUUACUUUGAGAUUAAGCUUUCAGCUCUGACAACUCUAUAGAUAUAAUUUGUUGCCUUGCAGAGUGCCAAAUAUCUUGUUUCCUACAUUUGAGAAUAAUUUGGGAGAAUUUAAUACAAAAAUUUGGUAUAUAUGUGAAAAACACAGUGAUGAACUGGAGUCAUGAGUUCCCGGCAAGUUCCAAGUUCUCAUCAAAGAGCAUUGUCUUAAGUUUUGUGACGGCAUGAAUCAGUCUAAAUUUUUUCAUCCAAUUUAAUUCCAAUACAAGUAUUAGGAAACAAGCACAAUUAAGGGGUGUGGCCUUAAAAAAAAUGAGAAAAGAUUUUGCUUUCCUUUGUUUUCUUUGAUAUAAAAAAUAUAGGCGACCCAUGAGAUAUGUUGUAACAGUGAAUGCUAAAAUCUUUUUCCAUUGAAAUUUUCAGCUGGAAAUUUCUCAAAAUGACAAUAAAGACAAUAAGCUAUCUAA